CGCGGCUUUUGAAGGAAAACUGUUGCCGAGAAGUCAUGGUGGGGCCGCGGCCUUCCUCUGCCGCCGCCGCCGCAGCGGAAGAGCGGCAGAGAAAGCUCCAGGAAUACCUAGCAGCCAAGGGAAAACUGAAGAGUCAAAACACCAAGCCAUAUCUAAAAGCCACAAAUAAUUGCCUGAAUCCUCCACCUUCUAAAUCUACUAUUGGACCCCAAAGGCAUGUUACCAAGCACGCUGUUUUUCCUAACACAGCUACAAGACCCAUCAGCACUAAACCCCUGCCUAGACCAGCCAACAUCAGAGAGUUCCAGAAACCAAAGUUGGAGCCACCAAAUCUGGGAAGAAGACAGGCCUCAAAAUGUGUUUCUUCUAACCCAAACUGUAAACCUUCCAGCAAGAGCCACCAGCAACAUAAAGCUGGGUCAUCCACUACAGGAGACUUACCAAGAAAACCCACAAGGUCACCUAACACACAAGAGCAGCAGGUAACAGGUCAAGGAAUUGUUCCACGUGCAGACCUUGUGGAUGGCCCCCAUGUUGGAAAUGAAUCUGUGGGUGGUUUUUUAAAAGAGAUGGACAAAGAGAACUUGUCCCAUGCCUUAUCAGAACCUGAGAAGACACCAGAUCCUAAGCUGUGUACCAUAAGUAAGCCAGAGAUCAACACUCAUAAUCAAACCAAGAACCGUUUGACUUCUCAACAAGUCCUGGGCAAAAGUUUGGUGACUAGUGCUGUUCUGAAAGACAGGGUUAAUAAGCAGUUUGUUAGGAAACCACACAUCCAUACUGUACCCCUGAAGUCACAGCAACUCUCUAAGGGAAAAGAUCUCACAAGACCAGGAGAAAAGCCCCCAAGGACAGCUCCCCCUCCCCUCGUGCAGACACUUGGUAGGACUCCUGCAUCAAAGAAACCAGCAGCCAAGGACAUAAGAAGUGUAAAGGCUGAAAGGGGCAAACACACACAGUCAUGCUCUGUCGCUGGGCAGGAAGCAAAACGUGCCAACCCCAGGACAUACCCCAAUUGGCAUCAGGGAGAACUUAACCACAGAGGUCCAAGCACCAAGCAAGAUCAGAAGUCCAUGCAGCCUUGUUCUAGGCCUCAGACAUCUUGUGGACUGCAAAACACAAGAGCUGUAGGACAGAAGCCCAAUGUGGCAACUGGCAGGUGUAAUUCAGUUGUUCCAAGCACCCCUAGCAUAGGAGCAAAUGGGACCAAGGACAAUAAACACAAAAACUUCCAACAAAACGCACAGAUGGGGAACUCCAGGUUGAAGACGGCUCUUCCCCAGAGCCAUUUUCUGAACAAGACAGCUCCCAGAACUCAAGCUGAAGUCACAGCCACUAACAGGAGAGGUGUCCCACAGGGUGCACAAACUAACCCAAACACCAAAAGGAAGGCAACCGCAGAGGAUCGAAGGAAACAACUGGAAGAGUGGCAGAAAUCUAAGGGGAAAAUUUAUAAGCGGCCCCCUAUGGAACUUAAGACAAAAAGAAAAAUAAUAGAAGAAAUGAAUAUUUCAUUCUGGAAGAGCAUUGAAAAAGAAGAGGAGGAAAAGAGAGCGCAGUGGGAGCUGUCCAGCAAGAUCAACCGCACGCUGACGGGAUGCCUGCGGCUCAUCGAGGAGGGUGUACCUUCUAGUGAAAUACUUACCCUAUUGUCCGGCAUUCCUGAGGCCGAGAAAUUUGCUAAAUUCUGGAUCUGCAAAGCAAAGCUGCUGGCAAGUCAAGGCACCUUUGAUGUUAUCGGGCUGUAUGAAGAGGCCAUUAGAAAUGGCGCCACGCCGAUACAAGAGUUGCGGGAAGUCGUUCUUAAUAUUUUACAAGAAUCAGCCAGAACCACAGAAGGAGUGAGCUCUGAUGCUUUAGUUGCUGAAACUAAUAUCACAUCAGUGGAAGAGCUGGCCAACCAGACGGACCCCGGGCAGUCUUGUCCUCCUGCAGAGGAGAGGGACCAGGCCACAGCGACACCCCCAAAAGCCAAGGCCGAGCAGCAUAGUCAUGCUGGUAUCAAACUGCAGGUCGCCCCAGUCCCGAGAAUAAACGGGAUGCCAGAAGUGCAGGACAUGAAGCUCAUCACCCCCGUGCGACGCUCGGCCAGGAUCGAGCGAGCAGCGUCCCGCUACCCAGAGAUGCUGCAGGAACAUGAUGUGGUGGUGGCGUCUCUUGACGAACUCUUAGACGUGGGGGACACAGAGUGCUUCAUGUUCCGUAAGAAUGAGGCUCUUCCCAUGAUGUCAGCAUUCGAGAUACUCGACUUAUGAUUUCUUGACUUUUUUUAAAAAAAGUUGUUUCAGAGCCUCCAAGAAAUAAGAAAUGCCCUUGUCCAGAUGACCUGAAAAAACUGGACAAUGGCGCGGCAUCAUGGGUGCAGGCUAUGGACUCUCGGGAGUCGGGAAGUAACUCCCUGCCCUGCUCAAACUUUAUGUCCCCUGGAAAGUCCGUUCUGUGCUCCUGCGCACGUUUUAACUGCAUCUACCACAGCUUCACACCGUACGUAGGUUCCAGCUACCAAGUGUCAGUGGCUCCAGAGUGUGGAAGGAGUCUGCACUGCACCCGUCCACUGUAGCCCCUCGUAGCUCCUCCUGGCCAGAGGUCAGCGCCACAGUGUGACGGACUCGCCUUUUGGCAUCCACCUUAGCAGGGAGGGCAGGUUCUUUCAAGUGGACCUCUGAGCCUCGAAGCUCGCUGCCAGGCUGCAGAGUCAGGCCCCCUGAUGCUGCAGAUGAGCUUGUCUGGGCCGCUGUGCCUUUGUUCUGAGACCCUAAGGGACUUCUGUGGGUGACCCUCGAAUUCCUUCGCCUGGCCCUGUGGCCAAGGGCCAUUCUUGUCCUGUGCACCAGGUCUCCUCAAGUAAGGCAGAGUCCUGGGCGCCUGCUCUUCUAGCCUCUUGUGCCCAAACCUAGUUUUGCAUCUGUUGCUCAGACGCUUGGAGGAAAAGGGCGGGAGGACACGCACUUCUGCACUUCAGCUCUUCACUCUGCGGGACAGCUGGCCCCAGAAGGCAGCGUCAGCCCCAGACUGUGCAAGUUGCUCUCUUCCCCGGACAGCUGAUCCUGGGUAGGCAGGAUCAGCGUCAUGUAAAUAUAAUGUACAGAAAAACCUAGUCGACACGUUUUCAGGUUUAGCUUUCUUAAUAUUUAAUUAUUCCCUGUAACAAAAGAAAACAUUAAA